AUGUCUGAGAAGCGGAAAUUUGACGCCUCGCCCGAGUCAGACCAGUCCCAACUUUACCCCCGCAAGCGCAUUGCGAUUGCUUGCAAUGUUUGCAGAUUCCGGAAGACACGCUGUGAUGCAGUGAAACCAUCUUGCGGCUUCUGUACUGACCUGGGCAUCGAAUGCACUUACCGAAAACCAACCGUAGGCGACCGGACCAAACCGGUUGAUCCGCCGUCAGAAGCGUUUGCCAGCAUUGAAAGACGAUUAGAACAGCUUGAAGCUAAACUGGAGUCGACUCAACAGCUGGUGCACAACUCCGCGAUGCUGUCUCCAAGCAAUCAUAGCGACAUCAAUCCCACACAACGGCCCCAAUCACGGCACUCUAGCAUGCACAGCAGUACCGCUAACCUCAUCAAGAAUUUUACCAUAUCCGCACCUUCUGUUGGAUCCCCGGUAGCCUAUGACUUUGCCUACCGACAAACAAGCACAGAGGGGACAACUCCAAGGCCUAGCUUGACUACUUUCCGUGCUCCAUCGUACAUCCACGUGGAAAGCUGGGACUACACGGCCGAAUUCUACGACAAUGAGAUUUUGGCCGGCGAACAGCUGGCUGAUCAAUGCGAUGAAUCCGUCAACCACCCCAUAGACCUGUCCAGGCGAAUGUGCAGGCGCCUCCAGCAAUCAUUCGUUCAGAACUUCUUAAGAUGGACACCCAUCUUCGACCAACAAACUUGCAUCAGCGCAUUAGAGCAGGCAGAGACGAGUCGAUUCGCAUAUUCGACGGCACCAGUAUGCCUGGUCUAUAUGAUUCUAGCUCUUGGCGCAAUCUCGGACGAUCUAAACGAGAGCCCCAACAAUCUUACGCCAGGGUUGGAUUACUUUGCGCGUGGCAGUCAAAUACUUGAAAGCCUAUCGCUUCGAACAGGAAGUUUGACCACCCUUCAAUGCCGGAUACUGCAGGCAUCUUACUUCAAAUUCGCUAUCCGGCCUCUCCAGACCUGGAAUUCUAUUACUCAAGCAGGUCGGGACUGUAUGCACAUUCUGAGCUCAAAGGCGCUACGACGAUUCAACCCCUCGGAACAGGAGGCAUUCAACCGUGCUUUCUGGGCCUGCUCAACACUCUUACAUGAACUUGAGGCUACUUCCAAGAUGCACCCAAUUGGUUUACGCCACUUUCACGAGCUCGUGCCAUUGCCCCAGUUUGAAGAGGAAGACUCUGGGUUUUAUUUCUUCUUGGCUCAAAUUAGCCUGAGGAAAUUUCUAACUCAAACACUCGAAGUCGUCGGCUACCUUACAGGACGUGUUAUAUUCGCCCCUGUCGUGAUCGGGGAACUGCGAAAGCAAAUUCAGGAAUGGCACGAUCACCUGCCUUCUGUCGUUCGGUUCCCGUUGGAUGCAACACCACUCUUUGAUUCUAGGAAGUCCUUCCUGAGGGGGCAGUACAUAGCGUUGCACGUUGUUCUUGGGUGGCCCUCGGUUUUGAAGAUCUUACAGGAUAGCGAAAGCGACGUCACCAUGCAGGAUCAAGACACUCGGAGGGUCACGACAGAUCAUGCGCAGAGUUGCCUCAGCAGCAGCGCUCUAGUCCUAAGUAUAGCCGAGGAGCAGCUCAUGGGUCGUAAAAUCGGGACACACUUCACAAUUUACGCAACGUUUGCGUGUUUUGCGACGUUGCUGAUCGUUUUCAACCACCCAGCCCUUGCAUUUGCUGAGGAGACACGACAGGAGCAGCACAUUCGCAACGGGUACGAGGUGUUGCGGCCGUGGGCUCAUCUUCCGUUCGUACGUCGCGCUUUGGAAAGAGCACGCAUUUUGAUGCAGCAAGCUGGUCUCGCCCACAUAUUUCAUGCACAUGCGGAUGAAAGUCCCCCGGCUUUGGCUGGGAUCAGUCCAGAGGUCGUGCCGAGUCAUGACUGGACAUCCCCACACGGUACAAAGUAA